AUGACAGACCCAGCAAUUAGCGUCAGAGGACGUUCAACAACACUCCAAGAUGGACUUUGGGGUCACGCAGAGAGAAACGGCCGUUCGAAUUUUCAAAAUACGCUUCCCACGAGGAUAAGUGGGGCGUUGAGCCAAGAACAGAUCGUGGCCUACCAGGUCAUGUUUCGGAUCCAGGAAAUCACCACGAAGCUGAGACUGAAUCUCCUGAAUCCUCCUGCCCGUCGUAGUCGAUCUCCGUCGCCUCCACCUGUUUACGAUGCCCGUGGUAAGAGAACCAAUACACGAGAACAGCGCUACAAGAGACAGUUAGAGGACGAAAGACAUCGUUUAGUCGAAAUAGCGCUGAAAAUGAUCCCACAUUUCGUUGCACCCGACGACUAUAAAAGGCCUACAAAGUUUCAGGACAAAUACUAUAUUCCGGUUCAGAACUAUCCGGAAAUCAACUUUAUGGGCCUUCUUUUAGGACCGAGAGGAAACACUUUGAGAAAGUUACAGGAAGAUUCAGGCUGUAAAAUAGCAAUCAGAGGUCAAGGUUCCGUCAAAGAGGGAAAAAAUGCGUCUGAGCUACCUAAGGGAGCAAUGAAUUUCGAAGAACCUCUGCACUGUAUUAUCAGUGCUGAUAGCGAAGACAAGAUCCAAAAAGGAAUCAAAGCCUGUGAAGGUGUUGUUAUAAGAGCGGUCACUUCUCCAGAGGGGCAAAAUGAACUAAAAAGAGGCCAGCUUCGAGAACUUGCGGAGCUGAAUGGUACUCUGCGUGAAGAUAGCAGACCUUGUCCGACAUGCGGCCUGCGCGGUCAUCGCCGAUUCGAGUGCCCAGAUAGAACAACUUUCGUUCAACAAAUAAUCUGUCAGAAAUGUGGGCAAGCUGGCCACGCUACCAGAGAUUGCACUUUGGGUCAAUCGGAAACUAAAAUGCGUAGAGAGUUUGCUAGCCCAGCCAUGCUGUACCAAAAGAGUGCGGAGACGGCUAUCAAAAGGUCUUAUAUAUCGGAUGAGACUGAGAAUCGCAACGAUUGGAAAAGACGCGAUACCGAUUUCAACGAGGGAUCUUACAACGAUGUAUCUCGAAGGUCUCAGUAUCGAUCAAGGCAAGAAAGAGACUCGAGUGUUGAAGGUGCAAUGAGCCCACUGCCCAACACAGUGCACAGAGGCCCUCCUGGACUCGAAAACUACUCAUCCUCUUCUUGUUCUCCUACUUUUGAGGCGCCUGCCGCCAUUGGCAAGGUAGGCACAGGUGACAUCGGUACAGCUAUCAACGAUGCCCCAGGACCACUUCCCAACCAAAACACUAGCAACAGCUCCACAGAUACGUCCACGACGAAUGAACCAUACGUUGAAGGACCUCCUGGUGCUUCAGUACAUGUGCCUGUCAAUAUAAGCGGUCCUCCGGGCGCGUCAAUGACUGAUGCCCUAAGUUACGAUGCACCACCCGGCUUUCCAGCUGACGCUCUGUCGGCAGGAGGUCCUCCGGGCAUAUCUUUAGCUUCACAGCCUCAGUUUCAUAGCCCAGGGCCGAUGCCAACGUUGGCACCAGUGCCUAGUGGUCCUCCAGGUCUUUCUGGGCUGACUCAUAUCAGUGCUCCUCCUGGACUCGGAGCACCUUUAGCAGCACCACCCGCACCAAAAGACAAAGAGAACGAAUCCAAAGCCAUCACAGGUCCUCCAGGUCUUGGCAUAUAG